AUGAUUCAUGCAGGCGUAAACAUAGACUGUGGAACGUCAUUGCCAGGCGUAGACAACAACAACCUAAAAUGGGUCGGAGACCAAGACUUCAUCACAUCCGGAGACUCGGCUACUAUUUCGUCCACCACCGUUGAGAAAUCCCUCACCACACUUCGGUACUUUCCCACGGGCGACUCCAAUUGCUACUCCAACAUUCCGGUUACAAAAGGCGGAAAAGUUCUAGUGAGAACCAUGUUUUACUACGGGAAUUACGACGGGAAGUCCUCAACCCCAUCCUUCAGCGUAGUGUUUGAAGGGAAACACCGAGGCACCCUAUCGAUAUCCUCAGCAUUCGAACCUUACCUUCUGGAGUUGAUAUUUUCCCCGGCCGGUGGAGAGACCAGCGUCUGUUUUGUACGUACUUCUUCAUCAUCAAACCCUUUUGUGUCUUCCAUUGAAGUUGUCGACUUGGAUGAUGGCAUGUAUGCCGAGCUUGGUCCUGGUGAAGGUAGGUUUUGGCUUCCAUCCGAGAUAAACAUAUUGGUGACGGGAAUACAGUCCACGGCUGUAUCCAUUGAUACCUCUGGUGCAUCAAACAAGCCGCCUGAGUCCGUCCUCCGUAACUCUUGGACCGGGGAAGGCUUAUCAUUAGUCGACCCUACUCUUCCUUCAGCAGGAGUUCCGGUGUACUUGGCUAUGUAUUUCUCGGAGCCUCUAGAGUCAAGUUUACGAUCGUUCAACAUUUUCUUUGGUGGUAAGCAAGUUGGUAGGGGUCCUGUUGUGCCUUUGUUUGGAAAAGCAACUCAAGUGGUCGUGAGAGAUGUGGUGGCCAGUUCAAGCACCCUACUGACGCUCUGGUCCACUUCUAGUGCGCUUUUACCGCCCAUGAUAAAUGCGGCCGAGCUUUAUGUAAUUAGUAAGGGUACAAGCGAAAGCACAGGCGGAAACGAAACUGGUUCCGGUUCAGGAUCAGGAUCCGGUGGAAGUGGAGGAGGAGGAUCUGGGAGCAGUGGAUCCGGAUCUGGCUCAGGUGGGACUAGCAAAGGAGGAACUGGAGGUGGAUCAACCAAUGGAAAGAGCAGUAAACUGCCAAUUAUACUCGGUGUAGUGUCACCGGUUGCGUUUGUUCUUGUCGCAUAUGUGUUCAUCGCUAUAAUCUUAGCUAAUCGUCGCAAAGUGAGGCUGCAAGCCUUGGCUAUGCCUACGUCCACAGUGGCUACUAUGGGGACUGGACCGUCAACUCUGUUCACACAACAGAUGGACAAUGAUUCUACAUCAAACCAGCCUACAAAUGAAAUGGGAGAGAUCGACGACCUUACUGGAUGA